AUGAGUCUUAAAGAGAAGGAUGUAAAAAAGUUGGUCACGCUGGACCUUCUUCAGAUGGUGAGUCUGGUGCCAUGUGAGCAGGAUCUGGUGGUGGAAAGUACCACCGGGGAGAACGACACGCCUGGUCAGUCUACCGAGGGCACAGAGCAAAUGACUGAUCGGCAUUCUCCUGGGCCUUCUCCGCUUUCCCGUAGACCUGGCGACUUAGUCAUUAGAGAGCCUGAUCCUCAGCGUAGAUCUAUUAUUCCCGCUCAACCUGGGAAAGGAAAAGCUAUCCAGGGUAGUUCGAGUGAGCUCUUUCGUGCUGUUAGCGACCUGGGCAAGGGGCUUCUUGAGGAUAUUGGCCGUGAUGCAUCGACGCUUCAAAGCCUAGACUCCUACCCUCGACUUAGUGUCGAAGUUGUCUUGAAGAGAGGACUCGCUCAAUUGAUGAAGUCACUUGUCACCAUUGGUCAUGCUCAGCUUCGAGCCGUAGAUUACAAGGAGCUGAUCAAGGUGCAGGACGAUCAACUGGUGGAGGCCAGGUCCAAGCUGGAGCAAGCAGAGAGAACUAUAGCUGAACGGGACGAGUCUCUCAAAAAGCAGGCUCAAAACAAUGCUUCCUUGACAACUCAAUUGGAGAAGCAAUCCCUUGAUAUUAAAGAGUUAGUUCGAGACAAUGAGAGGUUGAUUAGCGAGAACGAAGAGCUGAAGCAAGAAAAAGAGCUUGACUUGAUUCGCUUUGAGGAGGCCAGUUUUGACUGCUUCUAUAAGGUCUGGAAGCUGAACAAGCCUCUUAAUCUUGAUUGUUUCCCUAAGGAGGCCCAAGCAGAGGAUCUUGCCAGAUGUGAAGCAAGAGCCGCUGAAGAAGCUGCCAACCCUCCUGCACUCGCCCCAACCUGCUCUGCUAUAUCAUUUCGAGCGAGAGGAGCAGCUGAUGCAGAGGAGGGAGUCGAUCAACCCUCUAGAGGAGCUCGCCUGUGA